AUGAAUAACCCUACCAUCGCCGAGCAACCUGUGCCCUUCACAUGCUCAUCAAACGUCGCCCAAACUUCCAAGACUGUGUUGUUGCUCACUGCUGUCGUGAAUGUGUAUGAUAAGUGGAAUAUGCCGCAUCUCUGCCGCGUUCUGUUGGAUACUGGCUCACAAGUCAAUUUUGUGACCGAAGAGCUAGCUCAUCGUCUUCAACUUCCUGUGAAACCAGCUAACGUUCCGAUUACGGGUAUUAACGCGCUACGCACACUAGCCCGUGAUAAAGUGGAGUUGAAAAUAAGAUCACGUGUCUCCUGCUACGAAGUGAAUCUCGAGUGUUUGAUAACCCCUAAAGUGACCGGUACCAUUCCAACAUCCAACGUGAACAUCGACCUUUCGCUGUUACCCAUCGGAACCAUGCUAGCAGACCCAAUGUUCUUCAAGCCGCAAAAGGUAGAUAUGUUGAUCGGAGCCGAGUUGUUCUUUGAAAUCCUGAGGCCGAACCAACUUGAACUUGCAGCCAAUAUGCCGAUGCUACGAGAGACACAUUUCGGAUGGAUUGUGUCAGGAACCGUUGAAGAUCCACAGGAACACGUUUCCACUCAGCGAUCCUGUCAUGCAUCGGUAGAAGAUGUCGAAGAAAUGAUGCAAAGGUUCUGGCAAGUUGAGGAAGUUCCAAGCGCCUCUAAGCUUUCCAAGGAGGAGCUAGAUUGUGAAGCACAUUUCAUAUCUACCUACCAACGAGACGAAACCGGCAGAUUUAUAGUCAGACUACCCUUCAACGAAAGCUUGGAUCAACUAGCCGACUGUCGAGCACUCUCCCUAAAACGGUUUCUAAUGCAGGAGAAGAGACUGAUCCGCAACACUGAGCUACAAGAGCAGUAUAAAACGUUCCUUGAAGAAUAUGAAGCUUUAGAACACUGCCGAGAAGUGCGUGAGGAAAAUGAUCCUCCAAACCGCCAAGUCUACUAUAUGCCGCACCACGCAGUUCUCCGUCCAUCGAGUUCCAGUACCAAAUGCCGCGUCGUGUUUGACGCCAGUGCUAAGCCGUCACCAUCCCAACUGUCAUUGAACGAUGUACUUCAGGUUGGUCCUGUUGUACAGAACGACCUGUUCUCUAUCGUACUGCGCUUCAGGAAAUUCAGGAUUGCCUUUUCUGCCGACAUUAGUAAGAUGUAUCGCCAAAUACGCCAUGCCGAAGAUGACCAACGAUUCCUGCGAAUUUUCUGGCGAAGUGACCCGGCGCAUCCCAUGCGAGUUCUUGAACUGUGCACUGUUACCUAUGGCACAGCUUCCGCGCCAUACCUGGCUACAAGAUGUUUGGUACAACUUGUAGAAGAAGAUGGUGGUGCCUUUCCUUCAGCGUCCCGAAUAGUGAAAGAAGAAACGUACAUGGACGAUGUACUUUCCGGAGCAUCAUCAGUGGAAGCUGCAAUCGAAGCGCAGCAAGAACUGAAACAACUCCUUCUGCGAGGUGGCUUUCCGAUCCACAAGUGGUGUUCCAACUCAACCGAGUUUCUCGAACAAAUUCCCGAAGCAGACCGUGAAAAGAAGAUCCAGAAUGCUGAAAGAGACAUCAAUGAGACCAUCAAGGUGCUAGGUGUGUCUUGGGAUCCGAAUGCAGACACACUAUCCGUAAUGAAUCCUACCAGCCCGCCAACGCCAACUGAUCCUGUGAAGCAUCAUGUCACCAAGAGAAUGCUGUAUGCUGCCAUAGCCAAAAUGUUUGACCCUCUUGGAUUAGUAUCACCCGCUCUGGUACUAGCCAAGCUUCUGACGCAACGAUUGUGGAAACUAAAAAUCAGCUGGGACGAGCCGGUCGACGAAGCAACACAUCGAGAGUGGCAAGAUGGCAACCAGCCACAGAUGAAAUGGAAGAUGGGUAAAGUUACAUCCGUCUUCCCUGGUAACGACGGUUUAGUUCGAGCCGUCGAUGUGUUCAGCGGAGGAUCUACCUAUCGUCGCAGCAUCAACAAGAUUGCGCUGCUACCAAUUGACGAUAAUACGCCCGUUCCUAACAGCCAACCAUAA